AUGGGUCAGGGCAGGCAGAUAACAAUCACAGGUCAGAAUCAAAGCAACGAGUCCAAUGGGCAGGCAGCAGAGAAUCGUAAACAGGGAUCAAACAGGGUCAACAACAGGCAGAAUGAUCACCAACCACUCUGUGGCAGACAUUUGAAGUUAUCCCAUCCAACUCUGCGAUGUACAAAGGUUCUUCUCUGCAGUCAUUUAAGUCUUUCCAGACUCAAGUUCCAGACACUGAGUCAAAGUCAGAAUUUCCAUCAUCUUUUCGUCCCAUUCUGUCUGGAGGAUUUUAGAUCCAGAACAUCCCAACCACAGCUACAAUCAACAGAGAUCCAGCAGCAGAGAUCAGCACUAUGUACAAUAAAGAUCCAGAACAUCCCAACCACAGCUACAAUCAACAGAGGUCCAGCAGCAGAGAUCAGCACUGUGUACAAUAAUGGUUCAGCUGGUGCUGGUUCAGACAGAGAGUCAGUGACUGUGAUGGAGGGAGAUUCAGUCACUCUAUUCACUGGUGUUAAGAUGAACCAACAAGACAGAAUUAAGUGGUUUUUUUAUGACAAUCGCAUUGCUGAAAUCACUGGAGAUCAGAGUAAAAUCUGUAUAGAUGAUCCGUGUAAAGAGAGAUUCAGAGACAGACUGAAGGGGAAUAAUCAGACUGGAUCUCUGACCAUCACAAACAUCACAAACACAGACUCUGGAGAUUAUAGACUAGAAAUCUUCAGCAACAGAUUCAGUGAAAAGAUCAUCAACGUUACUGUCAAUGGUGUUUCUGCUGCUGAACAAAAUGAAAUGAAGAGAAAGUCAGUGAAGGAAGGAGAAUCUGUCACUUUAGAUCCUGGUGUAAUAAACAACCCACAUGAUGAGAUGACGUGGUCUUUUAAUGACAUUGUCAUCUCUGAAAUCACUGGAAAUCAGAGUAAGAUCUGUACAGAUGUUCAGUGUAAAGAGAGAUUCAGAGACAGACUGAAGCCGGACAAUCAGACUGGAUCUCUGACCAUCACAAACAUCAGAAACACAGACUCUGGAGAGUAUAAACUAAAGAUCAUCAUCAACAACAGCAGCAGUGUUGAAAGAAAAUUAGCAGUAUUAACUGUCAUUGGUUCAUCAGUAACAAAAAUAUGUGUUUCUGUUGUCCUGCUGAUAACGGUUGGAGCAGCCGCUGCUGUGUUUUUCUACUGCAUUGCACAAAAAAUUAAGGAGAAUAAUUUGUAUUCAAACAGGUAUCAGGAGACAGAGCAGUCAAAUUGCAGGUCCUGGACAUCUUGUUCAGAUGAACCAUAAAGAAAAUGAGUGGAGUGAAUUGAAGAGAAGAAGCACCAACAUGGAGCUUGAAAUCUGAAGGAUCUGGAGAGAUUCUGUAUGAAGGAAUGGUCUCUGAUCUCUUGUCAGAAGUUCUCCAAACAAAAUAAGUCAACCAAACAUUCUGCAAACAUCACAACUCCAUAUGUUUUGUCUUUUGUGUUUUGAAUUUGUGUUAGUAAAUCGCUAGGCUAUUGAUUUCUUUCACCUUCUGCAAAACUGUUUUCUUGCAGGAGAACGGUGGAGUAGAAAAUCUGUCUCCUGAUCAGAAGACAACUCCAUUGGUGGAUGCUAAUGAAAAGUGAAUCAAGAUUUCAACUUGGUUUGUCAACCAUAACAGCCAGGAUGUGAUGGUUGAUCGUUUGAAGUGCCCCUAUUAUGCCUUUUUUAAGGUUCCUAAUAUUGUUUUAGGUGUCUCCUACAACAGUUUUAAAUGCAUGCAUGAUCAAAAAGCACUUCCGUUUUCUCAUGAUAUACAUUUCAUUUUACUUAAUUUUUUACCUCUUUUACAAACAACUCGUUUAAUUUACUUAGAGUUGACUUGCUUUUGAGAGACAAUAACUUUAUAUAUGGUGCACUUUCUGAUUUUAAAACUUUGCAGGAUGUUUUCAUUCACUUAGAGCUAUGUUACACGCUACAUGAAAGGUAAUUUUCAGAAAUCCAUAAUAGAGGCACUUUUCCUGCUAGAAAUUUUAAGUUCCCAGAACAUUCUCAGAACGUCCCCACUGGAGUUAAGGAUGUUGUCUAGUAAUGUUCCCAGUACGUUCAGAGGCGUUCACAAUGUGGAGUUCUUUUAAGGUUUAGGGGACAUUAUUUGGCGGACCUUCACAGAAUAUUCAGGACAUUCUCUGAAUGUUUAUGGAACCAUAUUUUAUUUGGAAAUGUUCUCAGAACGUCUCUGCUGCCCUUGUCAAAAAAAUGUAAUUGAAAAUUUGAGCGUCAAAUUGAUUAACAAAAGUCGCUGUUCAAACAAAAACUAAUUUUGUCUUACCAAAAAAAAAAAGCACUUUACAGGUAUCUCCUGGAUUAUGAAACUUUCUCUUUAAAAUUGACAUCUCUUGCACUAAGUCAUUAGCUGACAACAGCACAUGAGCUAAUGUAACUACUGUAUCACUGCAUCAGCUACUACACAUAGUUACUGUCUUUUGUGGGAUUACAAAUUUAAUAAUCUGUUUAAGACCUGCUGAUCCUACAUCCUGACAAAACCUCACAUGAAUUACUAAAGUGGAGUAUAUUAUAUUUAGCAUGUUAAGGUAAAGAUAAUGACAUUCUAAGGAGAUUGAGGCAGGCAGCCCAGGUGUCUGUAACAUUAACCUUUUGUCUUCAUGCACUUCCUGACCAUUUGGCAGGACAAGCUCUGAAGCUCAAGAUACAGCGGUGCCUUUGUCUCUAUGAUAAUGUAAAGCUAUGGGUGAUACUGUCAGACUGAUUGGAUUAGCACCUAUGCAUUUGAAUGACACAGUUAUGCUGAUUAGAUCAUGGUUGGGAAAUGUAGGGAAUGGGCUGAUUCCUGCACUGAAUUUGCAUGCUUUGUUUAGAUUGUCUCCACCUCUGCUCGAUGUAUCCCUCCCCCUUGAAUGUAUAUGAACUACCAAGUACACUGCCUUAGUUAGACUUGGAUGACUGCAGCGACGCACAGCGCGUUUCUCAAUAAAGAGUAACUUCUGCUUGAAAGAUAUCCCAACGUCUCCUGGUCUCUGCUUCAAUGAGGAAAAAGUUUCCAACACUUUAAAUAAAUCAACAUGCUGCAUAACAUCAGUGUUUCUGGCUCAUUAUUGACUGAAGCACAGACUCUCAAGCACAAUGAUAACCUCACAAAACUCAGAUAACAGAAACAACAUUAAACACUAACAGAUCUCUCU